CCGAGGUAUCCGCAAGACUGCAUGCAUGUGCGCAACGCCUAUAUAAACCAUAGAUCUGUUGAUCUAAAGGCCUGUCCCAGCAUCAGUUGUGUCUACCAGAAGCAAGUCGAUCGUGCAAAGGAGAACCAUGGAAAUAAAGAUGGACAAGAUGGUGAUCAUCGUGUCCGCCGUGGUCGGGUCUCUAGGGGCGUUGAGUGCCAUCUUGGGAUUCGCCGCCGAGGGGGAGAACGCUAUUAACCCGAACCCGUCACCCGGACUGGGGAUCUGCGCCGCCCUCUUCCUGCUCGUGGCGCAGACCACCGUCUCGGCAGUGGCAGCCGUCGGCUACUGCAAGUUCCGCCCCGUUCUCUCCGAGACCAAGCAGACCAUCAUCCUCGUCUCCGGCGUCGUCUCGUGGAUAGGGACCGUGAUCGCGUCGGUGCUGUUCUUGUUCGGGGCGUCGCAGAACGCCAACGGGCGUAGCAGCGGCGGCAUGUACGCCGGCGCAGCCGUGCUCACCGUCGCCGCCACGGCGCUCGGGAUCACCUCCUUUAUCAUGCUGAGGAGGCAGCCGGCGGAGGACGCACCCAACAAGCCAGCAGGUGAGCAGCCGCCGCCUGCCGGGAUCGCGACGGGCCAGCAGGCAGGAGUUGCAGGCGUAUAUGGAUCGCAAGCACCGCAUCAGCAGCCCCCUCCGCCCGCUCAAGGCAAUGGAACGACGACGCAAGCACCGAGUCAGCAGUUCGCUCCGCCUCAAGGACACGAGCAUGUGUAGCACCCAGCGUCAUGUAUGGUUUCCCCUCAUAACAGAAAGCAUGCCAUGCGUCUGCAUAUGGUUUGGAGCCGAAGGGGAAUAAUGAUCGCGAGCCCUGUGUACGAUGGAGUAUAUUUUGUUUUCGUCCGAACGAGCCUUGUAUACGUACUGUUUGGAAAAUUAAUAGUUCUGCUUUGAUCUCUUCA